AUGGCGCAUUCUCACUCCCACGAUGCCGGUGUCGAUCACUCUCACGACGAUCCGUUUAACGGUCAUGGUCACUCUCACGACAUCCUCGACGGCCCCGGCUCAUACGUCAACCGUGAGAUGCCCUUGAUCGAGGGCCGUGACUGGAAGGAUCGUGCCUUCACAAUUGGAAUCGGCGGACCCGUAGGAUCCGGCAAGACGGCACUGAUGCUGGCCUUGUCCCAGGCUCUUCGCGACGAGUACAACAUCGCCGCUGUGACCAACGAUAUCUUCACAAGGGAAGACGCUGAGUUCCUUACCCGGCACAAGGCCCUUGCGCCUUCGCGCAUCCGUGCCAUCGAAACAGGUGGUUGCCCGCACGCCGCUGUCCGCGAAGAUAUCAGUGCGAACUUGCUCGCCCUUCAGAAACUCCAGAAGCAGUUCUCAACGGAUCUGUUGCUUAUCGAGUCGGGUGGUGAUAACCUUGCUGCGAACUACUCGCGCGAGCUGGCUGAUUUCAUCAUCUAUGUUAUUGAUGUAGCGGGUGGUGAUAAGGUGCCUCGUAAGGGUGGUCCUGGUAUCACGGGCUCCGACCUGUUGGUUGUCAACAAAAUUGAUCUUGCUGAGGCUGUUGGUGCCGAUCUGAGUGUCAUGGAGAGGGACGCGGCGAAGAUGCGUGAGGGUGGUCCUACCGUCUUCGCUGUUGUCAAGCACGGAAAGGGUCUGAACCACAUUGUCAACCUGAUCAUUAGUGCCUGGAAGGGAAGUGGUGCGUAUGAGCUCAGUUUGCAGCGGUGGAAGGAUGGCGCCGUGCGUGGCUCUGGCAGCAUUGACGAGUAG